AUGUGGAAGCUGCGGGAUGUUCGGCGGGAAGUCGCGGCUCGCCCUUACCACACUUGCGACGCGCAUGACAUCAAGAUCAGGGCCUGUCUGCGCCUUCGGCCUGCUGCUGCCAUUGACAGGCGCCCGUUGCUCGACACCGUGCUAUUCACUGCUGCUGGCACUUAUCGCGGCGUCUUGUGCUCCCUUGUGGCUCCGCUUUGGGCCCCAGGAAUACUGGAUUCGCAGCCGCAGACUAUCGCAACACCAUCAUCGACUCUGCAUCGCGCACCGCGACCAGCUCGAGCUGAAGGGUGCCGUGACACAGCGCGGUCUCACUACGCAGAUUUACAGUCGUCAGCAGAGGCGCCGGCCAGCUGCAACGUUUCGGAAUCGGGUGCAGCCACUGGCCUCGCAUUCAGCCUCAACGCCCGCGUCCCUGCUGAUCCAUGCGUAUUGGUCCGACAAGCCGCCGUGUGCAAAGGGCUUGUAUAUAUUGCCCAGCCCUCGUCAUUCGCCGCCCACAAGCGCUGA